GAUUUUAUAAGCUUCGACAGUCGCAGUCUUUUCCCAUGACGUGGAUGCGCAAACAAAAUUGAUUUACUUGUUCUUGGACAAAACCAAAAUUCCACACAUUUCGUACCUAAUUCGGUUAAUAACCCUCAUACCACCCCUUGCUUAAAGUGGAAAAAUAUGAUCAUUCUGCUACUGUUUUGUUUUUCCAACGGAAUAUGGGGCUAUUUUCCGUCAGGAAAGGAAGCUAUGUUAUCGGACCUUUUUUUACGCGAAGUAUUCAAUAGAAUGGGGAAGGAUAUGAACGAAAAUAACAAUUACUAUGAGUUUUCUGACAAUCUUUUGGGACCUUUGGAUGCAAGAUCAUUGAAUCGAGCUGUGGGUGAUCUCGAAGACGAACAGCUGCUACCAGUCAAUUACAAUCGUUUAGGGUCAAAGGGAAGAAUUCAUCCCAGUCUAAGGGAUCAGGAGUUUUUACAGCACAGCUCGUUGUGGGGAAGUCAGCUUAUGUCCGGUGGUGCUGGGGAGGGAAAGCAACUUUUGAGACCCGAAGGAAGUGUUAAGAAUAAACAGGAAGUAAAAACGGACUCGACUUUGCCAGCUUAUUGUAAUCCUCCAAACCCCUGCCCGAUAGGAUACUCAGCCGAACACGGAUGUCUGGAAGAAUUUGAAAAUAGCGCAUCGUUUAGUAGGAAAUAUCAGGCAGCCCAAGAUUGUAUGUGCGAUAGCGAGCAUAUGUUUGAUUGCCCGAAUCCUGUUGUGUCAUCAGGACCAGACAAUUCCGGAAUUGAUUCUUUCGAUCCUUUAGAAUUCAACAAGUUCCUCGAAGGUGCUAUACAGGAUGCACGUGGCUUGCAACAUAAAAUUGUUGCAAAGAAGGGCAAGAUGGAAGCAAAAGAAAAUCCUUUCUUGGUAGGUGAACGUCUACCAGUGGCUGCCAAAAAGGGUAACAACGUAGUUUUCUAAAUCACUUGACCAUCUACUUUUAAUAACAAAAGUCUUAUUUAACAAACGAAUUUCUGAGUGGUAAAAAAUAGUCACUUGUUGUUGUGCCAGUUUCUUAUUUUUUAUAACAUGAAAUUCCACAACAAUAAAUAUUGAUUUAUCGGAAUAAAAUAAUAAAUGCUACACAUAAUUGAGGCUAAAACAUUGACGACUUGGCUAUGGAAAAGGAUUAAGAUUAUUGAAGCUACUAUCUAUUUCAUAAUAAAUAGUUAACAUAGGUGAAUUAUAUUGAAACCCCUCUCCACCCUUUUGGAAUUUCUGACACCGUACACCCUAUAUAUAUACGCACAGAACACCCAGACCUAAUAAUAAUAAUAAUAACGAUAAUGAUGAUACCUAAUAGUUGUUUGUGAAAAUAUUUUAAAAAUUCUUCACUGUCUAAAGUAAUAAUAAUAAGGGAUAGAUGAAGUUUCGAUGUUGAUUAUCUAUUUAAUUAAUUAAUUAAAUAAUAAUGAUAAGCGGUUUUUAUAUCGUUGUAUAUUGCGCAAACAGACCCCAUACUUUUAAAGCAGAACAAGAAAUGUGUGCGCUUUUCUUCUAUUAAUUGAUGUCGAUAUUGUAAUAACAAAUGACGCCAAAACGUCUUUUGUUUCUCGCGCGAUUGUCGAAUCGUAUUUUUUUGCAUCUUUUUCUCUGUCACGCAAAAAAGUCGGAUUCGAAAUUUGUCGUUGUUCUCUCUCUCGCUUCUGACAUUCUUCUUUUUAUAAUUGUUGGAUUGAGAGACCGGAUAAUAAAAAGUUCACGAACGAUGCCACGUCAGUUUCAGUUGGUGUUCUUAGGCCCUAUUGAUUUUCGAAUUUGUUUCUUAUAUGGUCCGGAACUUUUGACGAAAAUUGGCUGUUUUAUCAAACGUUUCCUACCACCAUUUAAGAACUGAUAACAAAAUCAUAAGCACCCUCUGAAAUUGUCUAAUCGAUUUUUCACCAAACGACGUCGUAUUCAACGGCCACUAUGCAAUUUCAAAUUAUAAAACAACAGCGUUUAUGAUGUUGAAUACUUUUGAAAAAAAAACACUAUAUAUCGUAUAAUAUAACACAUAAAUAUAAUAGCAGUGGUUAUAUAGUCAUUUCUUGCUGUUAUAAGGCAUAUAAUAAUGUUUGAGCUUGUUAACGUAAAUGUAGCCUUUACAGAGAUGUAUGUUAUCUUAAAAAAUAUAAGAUGUUCUUUAAAUCAUAAUUAUAAAGAGUAAUGUACUAGCAUGCAUGCAGAAUGUUAUUCUGUGCGGCUGUUGUUCUUCAAUCUGUGUUCUCUUUCUAAAUGGAAAUUUAUUAAAUAAAUGUAUUCUCUUAAA